CUUAUGCGCCGCCGGAACGCGAUCACCACUGAUAGAGUAGGUCUGUGGAUCCGUAAGGAUAGGUACGCGAAGGGGCACGAUUACGCGCGAACGUUUUAUCAGCUGAUACGCGCCACGGGGUGUUGACGAGAGUUUGGUCUGCUGUGGAGUUCGUUGUGCCACUGUUUAUGUUAAGUGAAACAAAUAAGAAGUUGUUAGCGUUUUAACAAAUGAAAGGUGAUUUGUUAAUGCUAAAGCAGUGGUAGUAGCAUAGAAAGGGCUUACUUGGUUUGAGUACAGCUAUAACUUUCAUCUGUUGGUGGUAACUAGAAGAAAUGUUAAUACGGUUGACGUGCAGUGAAUGGUUCGUUGAUUGUAACAUAUGAUAUGCUAAUGUUCAACAGAAACAAGAUAUAGGUUGAUGCUGUUGGUUUUACUUUGAAUAAGUGAUUGUCACGCGAAAAUUACACAUUUAAUCUAUAUGCAUAUCAUGAAAUAUAAUACCAGGUGUAAAGAAUCAAAUUAUGAAAACUACGCAUGCCUACGAAUUGCGUUGUAAACGAAUCGCUAACGAAACGCCAAUCAUAGCAUCAUCAUUCGCAUCAUUUGUUCGACCGGAGAGGAUUUCAAUUUUACGUUGGCGUAGGUGGAGAAGGCGUUGAUUGAUGAUUACCUCCCCUGCUGAGCAGCAAUAAAUAUGGCCAUCGUCGUCAGGGAUUGGUGCCGGGAAAGCCGUUCUCGGAGUGUCUCGCGAAGACCAGCAUCACCACCUCUUCCACGGCAACAAAUGCAACGGGCUCCAUCGGAUCGUGCCAUAGUUCAUAGACAAGGCGACCGUUUCAUCGCCUCUGUGGGGCAUCAAUCAAGAUUUCACAUCGUUAUUGGCCUGUUGAUUUCACAGCUCCUGGCGGCAUCGUACGGGGCCGAAUUCAUGACAGCAGGAAUUGCCGGUGGAGGUCAUCUACCGGUUAGCAUUAAUACUCCCCAGCUGCAGGCCCAAAACUUUUCCCCAUCCGCAUCCCUAAUGGGAUCUGAUUCGGAUCGAAUGAAUUUAACGGCCUCACCAGUCAUCAGUAAUAGUAGUAGUAGCAGCAGCAGCAGCAGUAAUAGUAAUAGUAACGAUAGUAUAAUAAACACUAACCAAAGAAAACAACAGCAGAACCAGGCAAGCGCCAAGGAGGCUUUCGGAUUGACCUGGAGUGCACUUAAGUACGUUAACAAAGGAGAAACGGGGAAGAAACGGUUCGAAAAAAAGUCAAUCGUUGUGACCCCACAGCAGCAACCGCUGGAUAUGGGCAGUUGGCAAUGUCCCAACAUUAGUCAGAAUGCGAACCUGGAGUGUGGCUGUGAUUUGCCUCAUACGUUGCGAUGUCGAGGAGACCUCCAUGGGCUGGAACUAAUAGCGGAAGGGCUAAGAGCUUCCAUGUAUUCGGUGUCAUUGCUAGACUGCACGUUAAAGAAUGUAACCGUCUUAAGUGACGCCAAUAUUUUCGAAAAUGUCUCACUGCAGGGCCUAGUCAUCUCUUCUGGUGAAAUAAAGCGAGUCCAUAGAAUGGCAUUUGCAGGUAUUAAAAACUCACUGCAAGCACUAGGACUGCCGAAUAAUGCCUUGGUAGGGGUACCAAUGCAGUCACUGGCAGCAAUUCCUCAUCUAGAUCGGUUAGAUUUAUCAAAUAACAAACUCAAGUCCAUUCAAAACACAGAUUUCAUAUCGCUGUCGAAACUUUCAUACCUGGAACUAGGGGAGAAUCAAAUUUCAUACAUUGCCCCAAAAAGUUUCAUGCCGUUGAGAAAUUUGAUUCACCUUAAGCUAAACGGAAACAGGCUCGGAGAAGCUCCGGAAAGUAUGAAAGCGCUUGAAGCCUGUCUUAACCUUCGAGAACUUGAUCUACGGUCUAACACCAUUCGGGGACCUUUAAAAAAUACGACUUUACCCGUAAUCAAAGGCUUGGAAAUCCUUAACCUAGACAAGAAUUCUAUCACCAGCAUUCAAAAUGGUGCCCUUGAAGGACUAGCCUACCUGCAGAUGCUUUCUCUUCGACACAAUCAAAUUGACGUCUUGCAAGAUCAUGCCUUCUCCGGUCUUGCCUCUUUGCAGGUUUUGGAUCUGGGGCACAACGGCAUAGUUGCUAUAUCCGGAUCGUCUCUCAAACAUCUUCCAAGAUUAAUCGUUCUAGAUUUGACUCACAACUUCUUGCGUGCGCUGACAUCCGAUAUCGUCUCACCGCUACCUUCACUAAAGGAACUUCGCUUGGAUGGCAAUGACAUAUCGAUCAUCGCACAAAACGCACUGUUCAACGCAUCCUCUCUCCAUAGUCUCUCACUGGAAAACAAUCCACUAACCUGCGAUUGUACAAUGAGACCAUUUGUCGAAUGGUUAGCGACCUCCAGGAUAGCGUCGCAGGAUGUACUGGGGGCGGUUUGUGCUACCCCACCCCACUUGGAGGGAGCAUCGCUGCUGCAGAUCACCGUCGAAUCAAUGAAAUGCAACGUCAACGGGAAAGACAAAAUCGACCAGAGUACGUUCCAAACCAUUGAAGUUAUUCUGAAGCUGAAGAACAAUCAAUCGUUCAUUCGGGACAUCAGCGGUGACGUGCAGCUUCGGGGGAUCAAUUUUACCGACGAAAGCGAUGUGUUUCUUCGAUGGCGACUGCAAACGGACGAGUACUCCUGUCGGUACGUGUACGUGUUUCACGACGACGAUCCGGAGAAUAUACUGUAUAGUUCCGAGGCAAUCUGUCUUCAGGUGUCGGAAUUGGCCAACGCUACGGAUUACGAGUUUGUUACCAAACUGGUUGGAGCAUAUGACCUUCAGAGUGAAUUAAGCUACAAAUUCUGCCUCAUCAUGAAGGAAGACAUCUCCAAGGACGAAUUCUUGGGCACAUGCCAGGUGGCAACUCUUCCCCAGUCGGUUCCCAUUCGAACGAAGAGUAAAUCCAUUAAGAAAGAAUUAGUUCAGUUAAAUGAACCACCAUCGCCAUCAUCUUCCCGCCCGGUAGCAAAAGAAUCGGAUAUAUCCGAUCUGAGCCGCAUAGUCGACGGCGAUCGACAGGACGACGAAGCGGACGAAGCCGGAACGUAUUACGACGAAAUGCUCGGUGGCAUCGAGAGGGCAGGUAGCGAUUCCGAGAUGGAAGCCCUGCACCGAAUGCGAUUGGAGGAAGCGGCCGCCGCCAAGUUGCCCUCCGUAGGAGCCAGCAGAGCAGUGUUGGAAGGCCUGGGAGCCUUCAUUAUUCUGACAAGCUUGAUGGCAUUCAUCUGGGCAUUUAUCAGGCUAAAAAGUGGCCAUCGAAAUAUGCCGUCGAUGAGUACGUGCUACACGGUGGACGAACGGAGAGGAACUUUGCACGAAAUCGAAAGUCGAAAUCGAUACUUUAAACUGCAGGCCACCACCAGCUUAUGAUCGACAGAUUUGCGGGGGUUUUAGAAAGGGUUUUUUAAAUACUAACAUUCCUAUCUAGGUCCUGGGAGGGAUCCUUUAAGUUGUAAAUCGCCAUAUUGCAAAACGUUUUGAAAUUUUUGCACAGAUGUUUCAACCGAUUGGUUAUUUAUAGGGUUUCACAUUUGGAAAAGAUGUGUGUAAAUAUUCACUGUAAAUAUAAUUUGGAGAGUUUGUUAAUUUUAAUUCAACAAUUGUUAAUAGAAAUUUUAUUAGUAUUUAAAUCUUAGGAUCCUCUUUAACAGUUUGUUAACACUAGAUUUCAUUCACUGCUUGUGCCAUUUUUCAAACCAACUGUUGUAAAUGAUUCGAAAUA